UGAUUUGAUAUUAUCAUUGUGUUCUUUUGUGUAAACUGAAUUUGUAUGUUUGUUAUUGAAGUCAAUAAAAAAAAAAAUAAUAAACUAAUAAAGUGGCCGGUGAGUGUAUAGCAAAUCAACAAAGCCACAGACCGCCGGCCAGUGGAAAACGUCAGAGUAACUUUUGGACCUUCCGGCCCGCUAUACCACUGUCGUAUUCCAGGUGGUGUAUUUAACUUUUUCCCACAAAGCGAGAAAGCUCUCAUCACGGGUCAGAUCACAGCAGCUUUAUUUCGGUAAGAGGCGUUACCAUCAAACGUUUGAAACACGAGGCUCUGAUAUAUAAAUACUGUCGGCGCCUGUUUCUGCAGACAUUCAGUCGGUGCAGGCUAGAGAAAGUGGAAGAUUAAGUUCCGAAGACCGUCAAAGUGCUCAAAAAGAAGCAUAAUGGAUUUUCUCGACAGUUUUUCAACACUAUUGUCAACCAGCACAGGAAUGUAUGUGUGCUGUCAGAGCAAGCCACCAACGUCCUAUCAGCUGGUCGCCACGGAACAACAGAAUCCUGAGAGGUUCAGUAAAGUCAAGGUGUAUAGAUUUGUGGAUAAUGAAAAUAAGAUCUGCAUGGCGUUUUGCUUUAAGACAGGAAAGCACUCCGUUUUCCCUGUUAUUACCCACAGUGAUGAAGUCGAUUUUAAGACUUUAACCUCAGAUGAGAUUGCUAAAGGAAAGGUUCACAAGUCAUUUUUAUUUAAACCGGGUGAGGGAAGCAACAGUCCAUUUAUGAGCUUGAAAUCUGUGUAUAAACCCGACAAGUACCUGUGUGUUGAUCAAAAUGAAAGGAGCAAAGUGACCCUCUAUUCAGAAGACAUGCCGGAUUUUAAAAUUGAUGACCUCUGUAAGCACAAAGAACUUCAAAGAACCAACUGCCAACCGCUAAGCAGGAUCCUGGACCAGACAACCUCUUCUCGUGAGAAAUCAGUGGAACCAUCUAAGUGCUCUAACAGAAAAGGCAAGAGGAUGAAGUUUUCAUUGAAGAGCUGUGUCUCUUUUUGUCGCUGAACAUUGUCUUCAACAGAAGGCUGUAAUCUGCCUACAUCAUUUUUUUUCCUUGAGAAAAAAGGAAACCUGGACACUGACAAUAUAUGUGGUAUCUGAAACAGGAGCAUCAUUUAUAUUCUUACUGUAAAACAACCUGCAUAUUAAAGUUUUUUCACAA